AUGCAUCCCAUGGCAACUCCACCUUCAGUCAGCGCCCAAGGGAGUUGUCACGACGAUAAUGAUCUAGAAGUAGCCAGUGCCCCUUCUGUGCCAACGGACAAUGAAGCAGUGAACGGAACACAAAAUAACCAAAGUGGAACAGUUUCACACGAUUCUUCUUCUAGGAAUCAGCAAGAAGAUCAUGACAAUGAAUCCUUGGUCACCAUGGGAACUUCAACCAGCACUGGUACCCCGAGAAGGAAAGAGGGCAGUUCAUUCUUGGCAAUGAUGCAGAACAUGCUGGCCUUUGACUCCGGAUCUGUUGUCUCCGGAAGCGAAGCCCUGUCACCAAUGCCAAAGUCUUUGGGCAACAACGACACCGGACAUAGUUACAAUACGUUGGAUACUGCAGCAUCCAGAUCUCACGAAGACUUUUCGGAUGAACAGAACUGUCAAAACUGGGACACGGAAAAUACUGCUCCAGAUGCCGGACAAGACUCAAUCAAUUGUGCAGCUUCGGUGCAGCCAAGUCUCUGUUCCACCCCACCGCGGACUCGCAUUGAUCCUGAACAGGGUUCAUCCUUGGAGCCACCAGGAACCAAUGGCUCGAGAUCGCCCAAACCUCCGUCGUCUCCACCUGGCAUUGUAAAGAGCAGCAGUAAUAAUGCAAACUCACCAUUUGGCCUGUUCCGGCGGCCGCCCCCAGGACCCGAAUCUAGUGACGAUGAGUUGAAGGAGUCUCUUGUCAUGGAGAAUCAGACCCAAGGAUGGUUUGGUGGCUUGCUUCACACUCCCGAGCGCAAGGUGGUGGACCACCACAAGGAACCAUUGCCCGAACGGGCUCCCAGCAAGACGGAAUAUGAGCGUUUUUCAUCGGUUGCCAGUAACGAGAGCGUAGAUGAUCGUGAUGGAUUCAAGGUUGUCUCGGACAAGAACACGGUCAAGGUUCGAUUGGUGUACUUUGUGGUUCUCUUCUUCUUUUUACUGGUUAUCGUCUGUGCCUUGGCCUUCUUUUUGUGGUAUCUGAGCGAUUUGGAAAAUGAACAAAACAAUCGAGCUCGAGAUUUUGUGGCAACCAUGCGACCAUCAGCAUUGGCCACUAUGGAACCCUCCAUGGAACCAAGCACGGCGUCACCUUCUAUGUCCCUAUCACCCACCGUUACCUUCUCCCCAACAAAAAGUCCCACUCCUGGACCAACCUCUCCGCCCACCAAGCGUCCCACUCGACCUCCAACUGGCAUGCCUUCCAAAAUCCCUACUUUCAACCCUACGAUGGAGACUGCCGAUCUUAACUUUAUGAGGAUCAUGGCUGACAUUUCACCUGAAACAGCCAUCAAAAUGGAAUCCCCGGGUACUACUCAGAACCGGGCCUUUCAGUGGCUAAUUCGGGAUCCCAUGUACCACAACUACACAGAUGAUCGCAAGAUUCAGCGUUGGGUCUUGUCGCUGGUAAAGCUGGAACUCAGACAAACUGUUCCCAAUACCGAUGCGCCCACGGGAUACCCCAGCAUUGCUCCCACAGUGGCUCCCACCACGCUUUCUCCCUCUCAAAACCCAACUCCCACCCCAUGGCCUACCGGUUCCCCUGUGAAUGGACGCGAUUUCUUUUGGAAUUUCACGAGCACUGCUCAAGAGGCGGAAGCGCCCAUUGAUGACAACAGCGAAGGACGCCGUCUCAACUGGGAUGCCUUGGAAUCCUGGAUGCAAUACACUGAUGAGUGCCUAUGGUUCAGUUCUUACUUCUUUAACCGAGUUGCCUGCAACUCAAGGCAUCAAUUCAAGCGUUUGGUACUCAUCAACUUGGAUCUGGAGGGAACGAUUCCCUCGGAACUCAGCUUGAUGUCCCGAUUGGAGACCAUUGCCCUUCCGAUCAAUAAAAUCACGGGCACCAUUCCAAAGGAAUUUGGAUCCAUGCGUUGGCUCAGCACUUUUAACGUUUCUUACAACAAUAUGGAGGGAACUAUUCCCAGUGAGCUUGCCGCCGCCCCGGCAUUGACAACCCUGGAUGUUGGCAGCAACAAUACUUUUACUGGUCCAGUACCAAAUGAGAUUUGCCAAAAGGGCCUCCGGGUGUUUCGCGGAAAUUGUGCUUCCUUGCAAUGUCCUUGUUGCAACCAAUGCGCGCGUGAAUUUAACUAA